AAUCAAAUGGUUCAGUUAGCCAAGUCAAUUUUCUUUUAGAUACGUUACAAAUGAUUAAAUAGGCUAAAUUUUUAAGUUUUGAGCUAUUUAACUAUUUUAAGAUAUUUUUUCGAUACACUUCAAACUAAAAACUUAAUUGUACGAUAAACUAAAUAAGUGCGCGCGCAUCAUACGAUUUGGAGCAGUGAUAAAAGUGUAAAAAAAAGAAGUAGUACUUAAAAUAUUUUCGGGCGGGUCCGAGUGCAUCGUUUCUGUGAUAACAGUGAUAAAGUUGUUCAAGCCACGAUCGCGACCGGUCGUUACGUAACAGUAUUCGAUAAUGAAAGUACUUAAUAAUUAAAACAAUUAUGAAUAAACUUUAUAAAAUUAUUCUUGUUAAUACCUGUGACAGUAUUAUUAAUUAAUAUAUUUUAUGUUGCGGGUCUGUUCGAGUGUUUAGAGUGAACGGAUGCGCUUACACAUUUUUUUUUUCAUUUUGCCGGAUCUGUCUCCAACACAUACUAUUAAAACCGGUUUUGUUUAUUCUUGAUUGGUUAUGUGUUAAAAUUUUUAUGAAAAAUAGUGAUUUAUUUUCAUGAUUUAUAAAUUGUGUAUGAUGUGUGUAAACUCUUAACACCUUUUUGAGUUUCUUGUUUUUACCACCUCUGUUGAUCAGAACUCCAUAAUGUCAGCAGAAUUGUUUGUGGUGAAACAUGAAGGCAAGAAAUACAAUAUUGAGCACUUUUUACGCUUCCAUCCUGGUGGUACUAAUACUUUAGCUGCUCUUAAAAAUAUUGAUGUUACUGAGCGUUUAAAAGUUACAAAUCAUUCAGCUGCUGCAUUUGAACUGCUUAAAGAUUAUAGAGUAGAUGAACAAAAUGAACGACAGCAAAUCAGAGAAAAUGGUGAUCUAGAGAGUCUUGUUGACUGGAAAAAACCAAUGUUUUGGCAAGUAGGAUCAUUAGGCCCAAAAUAUAAAGAAUGGGUGUUAGCGCCUGUAGACAGAAGACUGAGAUUAUUUGGUUCUGAUUUCAUUGAAUCGCUCACCAUUACAUCAUGGUAUAUGGUGCCAUCAGUUUGGAUUCCUGUAAUGUUAUGUUUGAUAUAUAUCGGUUACCAAAGGUUAAAGGGUUAUACGCAAGCAAAUAGUUCUAUCGAACAAUUUUCCACUUAUGAUUACUUAUCGUUAGGAACAUGCGUCGUGUAUUCUACUGUAUUAGGUCUUCUUCUUUGGCCACUUAUAGAAUAUACUAUUCAUCGCUGGCUAUUUCAUCUACAACCGCCUGAUAACUCGCCACUACUUAUUACAUUACAUUUUGGCAUUCAUGGACUACAUCAUAAGGUGCCAUUUGAUGAUCGAAGGUUAUUAUUUCCUCCGGUACCAGCAGCUGUACUUAUAUCAUUUGCUUAUGGUAUUUACCUAAUGUUAUUUCCACAUUGGAUGGCGCCAAUGGUACUGGCCGGUAUGAUAGCAGGCUAUGUAACAUAUGAUUUGAUACAUUUCUAUUUACAUUACGGUUGUCCCAGAGAAGGCACGUAUCUCUAUACUAUGAAAAGAUAUCACAACCAACAUCACUUUGCACAUCAUGAAAGCGGUUUUGGGAUCAGCUGUCAGUUUUGGGACCACAUAUUCGGUACAGCAAUUGCACUGAAAAAGCUUAGCCGAUGUUUAAAAUGGUAUUAAAAUAGUACCACCUAACACGUGCCUUAAACAAAAUUUUAUAUAAAUAUAUGUAAGACAAAGAUAUAUUAUAUGAAUAUGUUGAGAAAUUAACUUCCACUUACAGUGUCGCUCUUCUACCACCAGUUAAUUGUAAUUUACUUCAAUACCAAAUUCAAUGUUUUAAGUUAAACAUAUUUUACUGCACACUAUUUACAUAACACAUUAAUUAAAAAUAAAAUUAAUUUAAUCUUGUUA